GCCUCAAAUGACAAGCGGUUCCAGUAAUAAGCAUUUCACGAUAUUGUUACACCAAGAGCACGGACAGGUCAAGUCAACAAUGGAGCUGGCAAAUACAUUUUUUCUUUUUCUUCCAGGAAUGAAAAAGAAUCGAGGAAGGUUUAUCUGCUUUCAGAUGAUGGUUGCGGAUAUGCGUGCCCCAUCCGGUGGAGCAGGCGAACGUGAUUGUUUCGAACGCCGACUCCACCUAGAAGAAAGAAUUGACCUCUUUAACAGGUGUUUGUUUCAUUCAUUCGAGUAUCCGAUCGAGGCUAUAAGAACGUGGGCACUUUUUAUUUUUAUUGUUUUCUUCACCACUAAACUAUACUAUACCAUGAGAGCCUCAAUUCUUGUCACAUUAAGUACACUUGCGGCUUAUGCCUUGGCCGCCAAUGUUGCCGAUAGACCACAUCUAGAUGGAAAGACAUUGAACGUUACAGCAGACUCUUUCUGUAUCUUCAUGCCUAAGACGCCUGGAGAAACAAUUGCUGCUUCUGAAGCCACCGCCAUUGCCUUCUGCAACAACACAGCUUCCGCUCCUGGUGCUAAGGCACUGCCUGAAGGAUUCGUCAAAUCUACUCACUUUCUCAGUGGUACUGGCGAAGGAAAAUAUGUUCAAUACACAGGAGCAAUUGAUGUCUCCAAGUACUCUUUGGAUCCCAAAGAUGGCGGAGGUCAAUAUGAUGACCACGGUAACGGAAAGCCUAUUAACAGCAGCUGUAUUGGUUAUCCAUACUUUGUAGAGCUCAUUGAGCCAAAUGACAGUCGCUACUGUGUUCGAUGCUGCGAAGUCUACGCUGAUUGUAACGCUGGACGAUCAGAAUAUGGAUGCACUAGAAUCGCCCCUGGUGACUUUUCAUAGAUUAAAACCUGUUGUAGUGCCUUGUGUGUAUCGAAUAGUAUCUAUCUAUCUGUCAUUUAGUAAAUUACCGUUGUUAAAUUAUCGCUAUAUAUGUCGGUCUGCCGUAAUAUUACAAGCAAAGAGAACAGUAC